AUGCAAUCAUUAGUUUCAUCGGCUAGAUUUCCUUCAGCUUCAAUUUUACAUAAGAAGAAGUCUUCAGAUUUUCAUAGUCUUAAUUCUAAUUUGACUAGAGUGCAAUCUCCAUCUGGGAAUAAAAUGAAUUAAGCAUUUGGUCGAUGUCAGACAAUGAAAACUUUGAAUAGUGAAAGAGACCCUGUGGAAAUAACAAUCUCAUUAAUUUUAAAUGGUCAGAAGUAAUUCAAUCAAAUUAAACUAGAUUUAUUGUACCCAUUAGCAUUUACUAAAACACCACUGAUUUAUAUAAGAAAUUAAUUGCAAAGGUACUACAAGUGAAUCCAAGCAUUGUAAAUAAAAUAAAACACUUUCAAACACACUCUAGCGUUAAGAAUUACAACAUUGAUUACUACUUAUCACUUGAACUAAAACCGUUAGAAGUAUUUGAAGAAUAAAGACAUUUGAAAUUAGAACCUUAUUAUUCAACCCCAUUGGGCAAUCAAAUGAGUAUAGAAGAUUACGAUAUACUGAAAUGCAUAGGUGUAGGGUAUGCAAUAAUAUAUAUGACAAUAGAGGAUUUUCAAGAGUAUAUUUGGUAAGAAAGAGAGACAAUGGAUUAUUUUAUGCUAUGAAACUCAUCGACAAGAACUUCAUACUCAAGUCUAACAAGGAAAUAAUUAUUUGUAAUGAAAAAUAUGUUAUGGAACAUUUAAACUCUCAAUAUUUGGCUAAAUUAUUCUAUUCUUUUGAAACUAAAUUCUAUCUUGUUUUUGUGAUGGAGUAACUAAUCCUAUUAAGUUUAGAUAUUGUGCAGGUGGUGAACUAUUUUAUCAUUUGAGAAAAUGGAAAAGAUUGCCAGAAGCAUUAGCAAAACAAUAUUUUAUUUAGGUUUGUUUAGCAAUCAACGAGUUGCACAAAUUUGGAAUUGUCUAUAGAGAUAUCAAACCUGAAAAUAUAUUAUUAGAUUUGGAUGGAUAUAUAAGACUAUCAGAUUUCGGUUUGUCUAAGCCAAAUAUGAACAGAGAUGAGACAGCCUAUUCAUUUUGUGGAUCACCUGAAUAUAUGUCACCAGAGAUGUUAAAGAGGGAAGGACAUAAUUUUAUGGUGGAUAUUUAUUGUUUAGGCGCAUUGCUCUAUGAAUUUAUAUUUGGAUCACCUCCUUUUUAUUGCAGAAACAUCGACUAAAUUUAUAAUAGUAUUUUGAAUGAUAAAGUUUAAUUCCCUCCCCUAAAAAAUAUCAAUCCUGACCUUAAGGACUUGAUAUCUAAUUUGUUGAUAAAAGAUCCAUCCAAACGACUGGGAGCACAAGAUGGAAUAAGAGCAAUUUUAUCGCACAGAUGGUUUUAAGGUUGUGAUAUCGAAGCCUUAGUGAAAAGGAAAUGCGAGAUCAGUUAUAAACCAAUGCCCUUAAAGUAUAAUUUUGAUGAAGUGGAAUUCAGCAAAGGUGAUAAUGAAUUCUUGAAAAAGCUCUAUGAUAAUCUGAGAUUAGAAAAAUAGGUUUAAUUUAAAAUACUAUGAUUUUAGGGUAAAUUUACUCGGUCAUUUCCAUAUUUUGAAUAUGCUAAUAAAAGAAUGGUAGAUUACAGACAGGUUAUACUAGACUAAUUAACAAAAUCAAGGCAGAUUCAAGGAUAAUAAGGAUUGUCAAAACAGUAUUAGAAGACUCAAAUAGGUGUAUCUCCAGUUUCUUAAGUGAAGGAACAUUCAAACAUUUUAUAAUUGAUUUCGGGAUCAUUCAAGUAAUCAUCUCAGGGUAAAAGGUUCAAUACAGAUACAGACCUUAUUCAAUUGAUGAAGUAGGUGUGA